GCCUUCAUGCGCGCGACUUCCUCUGCAGAUGCUACGCGCCACCCAGGCGCGCAACCUUGCCCUUGGAAGGAUUCGCUCAGGUACCGCCUACUAUGACGUCAGCUAUGCGUGAGGCGUCCCGCGGCUGCCAUCUUGUGGAAUUGCCACAAGCGAGCUCGAUACUUGCAGGCUGUCCAGCGCCAUCUUCAGUCCUACAGUUUGCAACAUCUUGACUACUUGCUUUUGACCAAUCGCGCGCUAUGGGGAUAUUGGUAAUCCUGUCCCUGCAUUUGCGCACAGAAUUGGUGCACCAGACAACGACAGGCUAGCUCGUAAACAUCCGCGACCCUCCGCAACAAGAUCCGACUUUAUCGCUGUUCUAGUGCAGCGUAAAUAUUUUAUGAUUACCACUUGAAUCAAGAAGCAGCACGCAAAUCCGUCUGUUCAGCGAAGACUGUCAAGUACCAUUGGGGUGGCGCCGGGGUAGAUCCAUGCCGCUUCGUGACAAGUCAACAUGGCAGACACCAUACCCCAGAUCAAGGUGACAGACCCACCUGCCGUUGGCAAAGGCUCCUACGUCCAGAACCAGGAGAAUGCGUCUUCGAUUACAGUUGACGGCCCAUUGUCCAACAAGAAGCUCUCCGCCAAAAUUCGAAGCCCCACCACACCGUCUGCGCAACCGGCAAGCGAUAUACACAAUGGAUACAUUGGCGAUGGAGAGAGAUUGCCCGAAACACCCAUGGACCCGCUCUCGCAACAAAUCCUCCAAAGAACGAAUACGUCGCCCGCCGUACAGAAACUACGAUCGCAGAACACCGAGCCCUUGUCGAUCCAAUCGCCGACAUCGCCCAACGAAACGAACGCAGAAAAGAAACUGAGUGGAGAGACAACUCGUGACACAAGCGGGGGUAAGGCAGACAAGAAGAAAGUGUCAUUCCUUAGUCGCUUCAUCGGAGGCAACAAGAAGAAGAGCACCCUCGAUGGCGCAAGCGAUAAUGGCUCUGAGGCAGACGACCAACGACCAGAGGGUAUGGAUGCCCAGCUCUAUGUCGACAACUUCAGCUUCAGUCCGAAGAUACCACAUCCUCCGGCAUACAUUAAAGUGAGGACAAAGUUCAAGAAGGAGAAGGAGUUUGACCGUGUCUUCCUGGCGCAGGAAUUACGCUCCGGAUCGGAUAAGAAGAGUCCUCCCGCUGCUGGAUCAAACCCUGCGCCCCAGUCUGGGUCAGCUGCUACUCAGAAUCCUAUUUGGGCGGUUGAAUUUAGCAAAGAUGGGAGAUAUCUUGCUGUUGGUGGUCAGGAUAGAGUCAUUCGGGUGUGGGCCGUGAUUGAUAGCCCAGAAGGACGUCGCGCGCAUGAGAUUGCCGAGAGCGAUCCGCAUGCCCAUCUCAGCGCACCAGUCUUUCAGCAGAAGCCCAUCCGAGAAUACCAGGGACAUACGUCGACGAUCCUGGACUUGAGCUGGAGCAAGAACAACUUCCUGUUAUCCUCUUCCAUGGACAAAACCGUUCGGCUCUGGCAUGUUAGCAGAGACGAAAAUCUAUGUACCUUCAAGCAUUCCGACUUUGUUCCUUCUAUUCAGUUUCAUCCUACGGACGAUCGGUUUUUCCUAGCUGGAUCGCUUGACGCCAAGUUGCGACUAUGGAGCAUCCCCGACAAGAGUGUGGCGUUUUCGAUCACUGUUCCAGACAUGAUCACGUCAGUGGCGUUUACACCCGACGGAAAGACGUGUAUAGCCGGUACCCUCGGUGGACUCUGCAUGUUCUACGAUACCGAAGGAUUGAAAUGGCAGGCGCAACUACACGUAAAAUCGACUCGCGGCCAAAACGCAAAGGGCAGUAAGAUUACAGGAAUCCAAGCGACGUAUUGGCCUCCAGGAAGCGAGAGUGGCGAGAUGAAGCUGCUAGUAUCGAGCAAUGAUUCGAGGCUGCGCAUCUACAACAUGAAGGACAAGACUCUAGAAAUGAAGUUUCGUGGCCACGAAAAUAACUGCAGUCAGAUACGAGCCACGUUCGCUGAUAGCAGUGGACAUAUCAUCUGUGGAAGUGAGGAUCGGAAAACCUACAUUUGGUCAACGACAUCUACGGCAGAGGGCGAAAAGAGGAACCAUCGUCCGGUGGAGAUGUUCGAAGCCCACAAUUCGAUCACGACGUGUACUGUCAUCGCACCCGUCCAGACACGGCAGUUGCUCAGCGCAUCAGAAGAUCCCAUCUUCGACCUCUGCAAUCCACCACCGGUUACUCUAGUGUCAAAAGCUGAAUCUGUCGUUUCGUCACGGGCACCUACAGAAGCAGGCUCAGCCCAUCCAACACCCGCACCCACAGAUACCAACUUCAAGAAAGCUGCCGAAAGCCCAGCAUACGUUGCUCGCUCGGCACAUCGAGGCGGCAAUAUCAUCGUUACAGCGGACUAUACCGGAGCGCUGAAAGUUUUUAGACAAGAUUGUGCCCAUCAAAAACGAAUGCGCUUGAGCGAACAAUGGGACGCCGCGUCCAUGAAGAGAGCAUCGGGUAUCGGACGACCCAGCAGCAUCAUAUCGCGGACUAGCCGAUCACGGCGUGACAGCGUAUCUACACAACCACCAAACGACCGAAUCAUGACAUGGCGACAAAGCAUCUCGCACGCCAGCUUCGACUCAACGAAUUCUCUUCCUCGCCGCAGCGCUUCACCUCGAAAGUCGCUGGCCGCUUUGAGCUUUCACUCAACACCCCACGAAUCCCCCGUCCUACAUCCUACAAAAACCAACGAUACAUUCGACACCAAGCCCACAGGCACACCCAAGACAUCCAUAUCCAUGGACCGGACCACCACCUCUUUACGCAGUGCAUCACAAUCUGAAGCCUCGUCACCAAUCAAAGAGCCGUACACUGUUACUGCUGACCCAGACGACGAACCGGAUUCGCAUGGACAAAGAGCUAGUUCUACAAACCCUCUUGCUUUGUACAACGGUCAGAGCUGGCUCUUUUGGACAAAUCGUGAUAAGAGUGCGCUGACAGCUGGGAACAAGAAGGAAGCAGAAAGACCGGAUCUGUUGGGUCGCAUGAGUACACUUAGCCAGAUUAGUAGGCUGACGGAUGAGAGGAGUGAGGAGGAGGGGGACAGCAAGAAGUAAUGCGUUGUAGGCGUUUGUGAGCAUAUGGGGGUUGGAGUCUUGCAGGUUACAAGUCUUUGGUGUCUACUCGCGCACAGGGCUGGGUUGGAAGUGUAUCGCAGCACGAUGAAGUACGCAUAUGAGAAACAAUAUCCAGUUACUUUGCAAACUUUCACGAGAAGGUCUGCAUUUUG